GCUGGAGGGCCCGAUGGAGAGCGGCAGGCCCGGUAGAGGCCGGCGGGGCCCGACAGGGACCGAGAAAGACCGACAGACCUCGACAAAGCCCAGCAGAGCCCGACAGAACCUGACAGGGCCCAGCAGAGCCCAAAAGGGACCGAGAGAACCUGACAUGGCCCGAAAGAGCCCAACAGAGCCCAGCUAGGCUUGGCAGAGCCGAACAGAGCCCAACUAGGCUUGACAAAACCCAACAGAGCCUGACACGGUCUGACAGAGCCCGACAGGGCUGACAUGGCCCAAAAAAGCCCAACAGAGCCCAAAAUGGACCAAGAGAGCCAGACAUGGCCUGAAAGAGCCCGACAGAACCCACCUAGGCUUGACAAAGCCUGACAGAGCCCAACAAAGCCGACAAAGCUCGACAGAGACUGGCAAAGCCCGACAGAGCCUUAUAGGGCCUGACAGAGCUCGGUGGGGCCCAACAAAGCCCAGCAGACCGAGACAAAGCCUGACAGGGUCCAAAAGGGCUCCUAACAGAGCCCGUGAUAUACUGUACAGUCACCAAAUUACUGUAUAGCCAGCAAUGUAUUUUGUGGUGUAGCCCGAUAACCGUUAAGGAUGUAACAACUUAACUAACAAAGACAAGGGCCCAGCUGCAUCCUUGGUGGAUGAGAUAACGGGAACCUUCAGCACGCAGGAGGACAACCCAGUUAUCACCAGCUCAGCAGUCCGGGCCUCGGCCGACUCCACAUACCAGCCCAAAGGUCUCUACCUCAGGGUCCUCGGGGCCUCCGUCAAUGCGGUGCCUGGGACUGAGAACUUCCCAGCGCCCGCGUCCCCGCUUGCGUCAGCGCUGCGCGGGAGCUCAGGUGUGACGUCGGAGAUCAGCAGAGAGGUACCAGCUUGGCCGACACGCUCCAAACGCCUGUUAUUAUUAUUUGACCCCAUUCCCGGCGCUGUCCCCAGGUACCAGGACCCCCUCGCUGCCCUGGGGUGCUGCUCGGAUCUCUUUUCACCUCCGGGACAGGAUGGUGUCCAUCGCUCUGGAGGUGACGUGCAGCCUCGUCGUCUGGCUGGCCCUGUACGCCUGUUUGUGCUUCUGGAACAAGCACCGAUCCUGCGAGUGGAGCUGCCGCUUGGUCACACUGCUGCACGGCGUCAUUGUCACCGGCCUCUCGGGUUACGCUGCUCUCCUGGAUGGCCCCUGGGCUCUGACCCACGCAGGUUCACCAAACACACCUCUUCAGAUCCACGUGCUGUCCCUGACCUUGGGUUACUUUCUCUUUGACCUGGGCUGGUGCCUUUAUUUCCAGACAGAAGGGGAUCUAAUGCUGUUCCAUCACACGCUGAGCAUCUGCGGCAUGAUCAUGGUGCUGGGGCUCGGGAAUUCUGCUACGGAAGUCAACGCUGUUUUAUUUGUUAGCGAGAUCACCAACCCGCUGCUCCAGACCCGCUGGUUCCUGCGGGAAAUGGGGUGUUAUUACACUUUCCUGGGAGAGCUGGUCGACUUCUUGUUUGUUCUGCUCUUCGUGGUGCUGCGGAUGGGAGGAGGAGCUCUGGUCAUGUACGCCAUGGUGACGGCCCCUGGUACCAGCUGGCUCCUCAAGGCCGGAGGCCUGGCCAUGUACGUGGUGUCCUUGGGGUUCAUGGUUGAAAUCUGCCGCUUUGUUAAGAGGAAAAUGGUGAAAAAAUACCAUUCCUGGACAAGCCUGAGGAGUGUGAAUGCACCUGUGAAAAGUAACGGGCGCUUAGCAGGUCAUUAAUGGUAGUCCCUUGGGCUAGGUUCCUGGCCACUGAGGGCUAUUUCUGUGAAAAGAACCCCUAAAAGUGAUAUGGAAUUGACUUUCUGGCACUGAUCCGGAGAAGAAUCUGCACUGGGGAUACAGGAAAGCUGACAAAAUCGGGGUUUGAGCAGAAAUCCGAGGAGCCUGGCGUGUCUCCUGAACCCUGAUUCUCUGGCUGCCGCAGCAAUGGCACAGGGUGGCGAUGAACUGUUGGGUGUCCAACCGAUAACCGUGUGUUCCGUAAUUGUUUUGGACAUAAAAACCAUUUUACGGUGUAGAGCCGGAAAACCAAACCUGAAAAAUCCCAUCUUCCUGCCAGUGGGACCAGGAAGGGUGUGACAAAGACUUACUGAGCACCGCUCUCUCUUAAACAUGGAGCUGGACAAAACACUUGACUAAAUGCUUGGAUGAAAAGCCUCUGAACAAGAUUCAGGUGCUUGCAGGGAUAUAGUGGAGUGUGUGAAGUGAUGGUACUUGAGGUAAGGCAAUGUUUUACCUCAUUGUUUUUAAUAAUGUGUUUUUUUAAUUUAAUGCUUGCGUUCAAGCAGAUACUGAUCUUAGAACAGCGUGACUUCACUGGGACUGACUCUGGCCCUUGCAAACAAGAGUCAGGAAUUAGACUUGUGCCAAUAAACUCCAUCAGCAGGUGUUCACUUAGCCCCGCAUUGCUUUUUGAACACUCAGCAUUUUGUAGGUGAGGGAUGGUAGAGAAGAGCCCUCUCUGGAUGCUCCUGUUCUGGGGUUGGCUCAUUUAUAAGCCACUUAACGUGUGGCUAAGUAGUCUAAUAAGUGACUGUAUUUUCAGGGGUGACGGUACGGUUUAGGCAGAUCUCAGUGUAACAUCUGCUCCACACCAGCAGGUCUGGGAGUGUGGACGGGUUCUCUUGUUUCAUUCGCCUCUUGGCAUCGUGUUCUGACAUUUCCCGUGGUGUUUCAGAGUGAAUUCCCUUUACCGAAGGCUGCAGUUCAGGCUCCUCCGUGCCUCUUGUCUCGCUAAAUUUGGCCCUGUUCAGCGCAGAUAUCUGCCCUGGCUGGGGCUGGAAGAAGGUGUCUGGAGGGGUUAAAAAAUGAUGUGAAAUAACCUAGAAAAACAGGAGCCUUGCAGUCCCGAUAGGUCGCCAGCGUGGCUCUGGGGGCCUGGCCUUGUGAGGUUUGAACUCUUGCCGGACUCACUUCCAAAAGAUCCUGUGAGCGAUGGGACUUCUAAUAAAGUUAUGCUCUCUCUUUU